AAAGAGACAUGUGAGAAGCAACUAUAAAUUGAUGAACAUAGAAAUAUAAAGGUUUAAUUACAUACCUGAUUUUGGUCUAAACUCCAAUGGAUCUUCUUCAAUUUCUUAACAUACCCUCUUUGCUUUUGGCAUUCAGUUUCCUCAUAGUGUUGCUUACAUUCCUCUUCAAGGAUGGUUCAAGAAAAAGAAAACUUAAACUCCCACCAAGCCCUCCAAAGCUACCUGUUGUUGGCAACCUUCACCAGCUAGGAAACAAGCCUCACCUAUCUCUCCGGUCCUUGGCACAAAAGUAUGGUCCAAUAAUUUACUUACAACUUGGUGAGAUCCCAACUGUGGUGGUUUCAUCAGCUAGACUUGCCAAGGAAGUACUGAAAACCCAUGAUCUUGCACUAUCAAGCCGUCCACAAAUCUUUUCAGCCAAACACCUCUUCUAUAAUUGCACUGAUGUUGUCUUCUCCGCUUAUGGUGCUUAUUGGAGACACAUACGUAAGAUUUGCAUACUUGAGCUGUUAAGUGCCAAAAGAGUGCAGUCAUUUAGCCAUGCCAGAGAGGAAGAAGUUGCUCGUCUGGCUCGUCGGGUUGCAGAGUCCUAUCCCGGCACCACUAAUCUCAGCAAGUUGCUUGGACUCUAUGCAAAUGAUAUUCUCUGCCGCGUAGCAUUUGGAAGAGAUUUCUCAGGUGGUGGAGAGUAUGAUCAGCAUGAUUUCCAAAAGAUGCUUGAGGAAUAUCAGGAAUUGCUAGGUGGAUUUUCUAUUGGAGAUUUCUUCCCUUCCAUGGAGUUCCUCCACACCUUAACAGGAAUGAAAUCAAGACUUCAAGACACAUUCGGUCGAUUUGAUAAACUCUUCGACCAGAUUUUGACUGAACAUCUCAAUCCCAAAAGAGAAAAAGAGGAGCAUAAGGACCUCGUGGAUGUUUUACUGGAGAUACAGAAGGAAGAGACUGCCGAUAUGCCUCUAACCAUGGAUAAUGUCAAGGCUAUUAUUUUGGACAUGUUUGCUGCUGGAACAGACACAACCUUCAUCACCCUUGAUUGGGGGAUGACAGAACUUCUGAUGAACCCCAAAGUUCUGAAAAAAGCACAAGCUGAAGUAAGAGGUGUUGUUGGGGAAAAAAGAGUUGUGUUAGAGGGUGAUCUUCAUCAGCUGGACUAUUUGAAAGCUGUCAUUAAAGAGAUAUUUCGGCUGCAUCCACCUGCACCAGUACUAGUACCUAGAGAAUCCAUGGAAGAUGUAACUAUUGAUGGAUACGACAUUCUAGCCAAAACAAGAAUUUUUGUCAAUGCCUGGGCAAUAGGGAGAGACCCAGAAUCUUGGGAAAACCCAGAAAAGUUUGAACCAGAAAGAUUUAUGGGUAGCACUAUUGAUUUCAAGGGGCAGGAUUUUGAGCUUUUACCUUUUGGGGCGGGUAGAAGAGGUUGUCCGGCUAUUACAUUCAGCACAGCCAGCAUUGAGCUUGCUCUAGCACAACUUCUGCAUAGCUUUGAUUGGGAGCUUCCUGCUGGUACUGCAGCUGAUGAUUUGGACAUGACAGAAGUUUUUGGCAUAACAAUGCACAGGAUAGCCAAUCUGAUUGUUGUCGCCAGACCAUGGUUUCCCUGAGAUAAUAAAUCAUCAAUACCAUGCAACAUAGUCUUUGCACUGUUAAAGAUAUCAAAGUCAACAGUUACGGGUACAUGCAUUGCUCUCUGACUGCAUCCGAGAAGAAAACUCCCAAGGAAAGUGGAGGGAGGACUAUCCUUGCCCUAUAUCAAUGACAAAGAAAUUUUUUUUUUUUUUCUGCCCUUUAUCUUCCCAUUGUCUGGUCUGUGAACCAAAUGUAGAUGUUGGUUUCCAAAAACAAGUCUAAUGUUAUAGCUUUGCAAAACAAAGCCAAGUUCUACAUUAAGUGAAGAUAAUAAGCAACUACAGAUGCAAGUCAUGCAACAUGGCCAAAGGAAAUCCCUGCAUGGUUUGCAUUUACUUUAGUGUUAAUAAACUCUCAAGAUAAAUAGAUUAUA